AUGGAGUCCAACAAGGAGUUACGCAGACUGCAACUCCGGGACCCUCACCUCCGGAAGAAGAUCGAUGAGCUGGAAAACCAGGACCAGCUGGACCAUAAAUCCCCAUUGUUGGAACAUUACCAGAUAAGCGGAGGCCUACUGUACCGGCUGACCACCCACAACACCAAGUUGGAACGACGGUUCGUGGUCCCGCUCUUUAUGCGGAAAGGCAUCAUCCGAGCACUUCACGACGGAAAAACCGGCAAUCACUUCGGCCGCGUGAAGACAUUGGAGGCAGCGAAGCUUCGGUACUACUGGGACCGGAUGCUAUCCGACAUUCACGACUACGUGGAUAACUGCCCCCGGUGUACCUUGGUGAACAACCCUCGGACCAAACCACCCGGUAAACUCCAGAAGAUGGAGGUUGGUGAACCAUGGUUCCGAAUCUACGCGGACUUUAAAGGACCCUUACCUCGGACUGAGUCGAAAGGAUACCAAUACAUCGCGGUCGUCACCGACCAGUUCACCAAGUUCACCAUCGCCCGAGCGACCAAGAUUAACUCGGCAAAGGAGUUUGAAAAAUUCUUUGUGGAGGAUGUUGUCCUAAAGUACGGCAUGCCGACCCACCUUCAUACCGACCAAGGAUCCCACUUUACGGCUAUGACCUUUGCCAAAGUGGCUAGGAUCUUCGGGAUCAAGCAUACCUUCGGAACAGCCUACCACCCAGAGGGUCAAGGCCAAGUCGAACGUUCCAUGCAGACGAUAUGGGAUGGAAUUCGGAAGGAAUGCGACGCCAAGGAUGAUCACCGAUGGCACCGGAACCUACAGUACGUAGUAUGCGGAAUCAACCGAGCGAAACAUGCGACCACCGGGUUCUCACCCUACUACAUGCUGUACGGACGUGAGAUGACCAUACCCCAGGACGUCAUCACCGGAACCAACGCACCGGAACAAUACACCGACAAGGAACAAUACAUCAGAAGGAUGAAGGAACGGCUUCAGAGGGCUCACGACAUCGCGAAGACAAACAUCGACGAAGCCUUCGAGAAAACCGCCGAACUUUACAACAAGAAGAAAUCGGUACCGGACUUCCAGAAGAGAGACCUCGUCCUGGUAGAGUAUCCCAAUAAGGACCCUACCAGGAAGGAACGGUACGAUGGAAUAUGGACGGUACUCAACUAUAAAGGACCCAACAACCUUUGGCUCCGCAACGUCGAAACCGGAAAGGAGGACGUCGUCGCCGUGGAUAGAUUUCUGGACCCCAAUAAGGGUCCGUCCGACAAACUAAGUCCGGAGGAACCUCCCAAACCAAAAGGAAAACGCGGCCGACCGAGGAAGAAGCCUCCGUCGGACUUCGAGACACCAGCCCUGCAGGAAUUGCAGAAGCAGGCUGUGAUAGAGGAUGAACCCAAGGUUGUCCCGGAGAAGCCCAAGGACUUAGCCGGAUUAUCCGAGGCUACCUCGGAGAAGUCGGUGGACUUAGCCGCAAAACCCGAGGCUACCUCAACCAAGCCUAAGGAGCCUAAGGCACCGAAGGAGAAGCCGGUAAAAGCAAAGAAACCGGUGAAGAAGCGACUUGACACACCGGUCCCGGCAGUUUCAACCGAUAAGGCGGUUGAACCCCCGGCUCCAAAGCGGAAGUACGGGACGGUCAAGAAGCCUAAGUUAACGGCUCAGGAGGUACUUGAAGAAGCUCAAGUGGCCGAAGAUGAAGCACAUAAGGACAUCCUUGAUAGGAUCGCUGAAGGACGGGCAGAACCGGUCAAAUCGACCAAACCCACAAAAAAGCCCAAAACAACAAAACCCACCACACCAAAAACAUAG